AUGCCGGACAGUUGUUGUGCGAUUGGAUGCACUAACCGACGGGGAGACAAACCUGGGCUGUGCUUUCACCGUAUCCCUUCACAAAAAGACAACUUAGAAAGGAGGAGAUUGUGGAUUUCUGUCAUCAGACGUGACUCUGUCCCUGGGGAGGGAAAACAGUGGCAGCCAUCGCAGUACACAUGUAUUUGCUUUCAACAUUUCAUUAAAGGUGCCAAAUGUGAUGACCCGCUGUCCCCCGACUGGGUUCCAUCCGUUUUUACACACACACCAGCCACCAAGAAGAAGAACAAAGAGAGAAACAUGGAAAGGUAUGAGCACCACAGUAGAAUGAAGAACAAAAGGGUGGAGGAGAAAAAGAGGCAAGAUGCAGUGGAUGUCCUCCUAGGGUUGUCAUCAGUGCCAGACGUUGAGCCUGCUCCACCUGCUGAGGAUGAACAACAGUGUGACAACAGACCAUGUAAGGAAAAGACUGAAAGAUUACAAAGGGAAUGUAAUAAACAGGAGGAAACCGAAAGGCUGAAGGACACAAUUAAAGGGACUACUGGAGGCCCAGGUCCGGUGCUUGGCUCUGAGCGGUAUGGACAGGAGGUUGGCAUCAGAGGAGCAGAGGGAGCGGGAAGGAGUGUGAUGGUGGAGCAGGUCUGUGAGGUAGGAGGGGGCCUGGUUAUGGAGGGCUUUGAGAGUGAGGAGAAGAAGUUUGAACUGGAUGCGUUGUGGGACAGGGAAGCCAGUGGAGCGCCGCGGUUCGAUCAUGCCUUCAUGCUCCAGGUGGAUGCCAGCCAGGUGGGAGCAGGUGCCGUCUUGCUCCAGGGGGACGAUCAGGGGGACGAUCAGGGGGUGGUGAAACCAUUCUUGGUGUGA